CCUGAACAUUAUUAUACCUAGGUUAACCAUUUAUGCUUAUAUAAUAUUUAUGUUUCACUAUAAUUUUUAGUACAAUCCUUUGUUGACAUACACUUUCCGUUUUAAAAAAGUACAAGUACGUCCUAACAUAUCUAUUGAUGACUAUAAGAUCGAUCGAUACAAAGAAGGAGAGUUUUUAAGUUGUAAAGUUAAAGUAAAUUCGAAAGAAAUAAUUAACAAAGCAAUGGUGGUAGUUUAUCGUUGUGACUCAGAUGGUAUUAACUGCGAAUACUUCCAAACGUGGACAUUCACAAACAUUUGCAUUCAAAUAAAGGAGAAGAAUCAAAUAUGGUCCCCAUUUUACGGUGCGUUUGAUCCGCCGUUGGUUUGUCCAAUAAGUAAUAAAGUGACUUAUCAAAUUAAAAAUGGAACUUUUGAUGUUGGCGCUUCACUACUGUUGUAUCCUCUAGCGACCGAUUACCAAUGGAAAGUAAAUCAAAAGUUUUACUCUGACGAUACAUUUGUUGGUAGUGUCAUGAUAGAGUUCUAUUUUUUUGGCUACAGAAAAAGAAUUAAGUCGAUUUUAAAACUAUAA